AUCAUAACAGGAAGUACACUUCCGCCAUUUUACCGAGACAGACUCCGGAAGAUAACUUCUGUGUGAAAGCCGUGUGUUCAGUAACCCCCCGAAGAAACUUUAUUUGUGGUAUAAUCAUCUUUAUAAUUUGCAUGUUGUAACACAGAGAAGAGGCAGACUGCCAAGAAUGAUGUCUUUGCAUUUAUGAAACAACAGAGUUCAUUUCUGGGACAAAGGUGAUAUUAAAAAAAAAUCAGAAUGCCUACCAUUCGCAGAACUAAAAAUGUGGUAAAAAAUUACUCGGAUGCACAAGUGAAAGUACGAGAAGCAACAUCAAACGAUCCAUGGGGCCCAUCCAGCACGUUAAUGUCAGAAGUGGCAGACUUGACAUACAAUGUGGUGGCCUUCACAGAGAUCAUGCAAAUGAUAUGGAAACGGCUUAACGAUGAUGGUAAAAACUGGCGCCAUGUUUACAAAUCUCUUGUGCUGCUGGACUAUAUUAUCAAAACAGGGAGUGAAAAAGUGGCACAACAGUGCAAAGAAAACUUUCAUGCCAUCAAGACUCUCACAUCCUUUCAGCACAUUGAUGCUGAUAACAAGGAUCAGGGAAUGAAUGUGCGUGAGAAAGCCAAGCAACUUGUAGCUCUGCUGUCAGAUGAUGAGCGGCUUAAAAAUGAGAGAGCAAAAGCUCUCAAGGCAAAAGAACGAUUUGCUCAGAAUGCCAUGGGUGUUGGAAGUGGAGGUAGUAGGCGUGUGAAUGGCAGUCCAACUUUACAUUCAGGAUCAGGGAGCUACUCGGAUCCAUAUGGAGGAGCAGGCUGCAAUGACUCAUCACCAGGUAGUGGCAGUGCUGGAACACCCUCAGAGAUGGAAAGUGCUCGUCCAUCAUCUGCUGGUGAGGAGGAGUUACAGCUUCAGCUUGCACUUGCGAUGAGCAAAGAGGAACAUGAAGAAGAACUCCGCAAACAGAAGUCAGACGAGCUCAAACUACAAAUGGCCAUAGAACAGAGCAAGAAAACAGUAGUUGAGGACAGAAAAAGGCAGCAAGCACAGAGUACACAACCAGGCAGUCUCCUUGACAUGAGUAACUCAAGUCUGGGUGCUGCAGCAGCAGCAGCCACUGAUCCUUGGGGCAUGCCUUUGUCUCGUCAGCCCCAACCCACAGAUCCUUGGGGAUCACCUCUGCAACCACCAGCUCCAACAGCUGAUUCAUGGGGUUCACAGGGACAGAUAAUAACAAAGUCAUCAACACCCAACUUGGCUGCUUCCCCUCGUCCACAGCCGUCUCCAGCAGCAGCUCCUAAUGUUGCGACAGAUCCCUGGGGUAUGCCCAUUGCCAGUCCAGCACGCUCUACACCUCGCUCUAGCUCCACUCCAGUUUCAGGCUCUCAGAGUGACCCUUGGUCUGCCAGUCCUGUUCCACAAGCAGGGACUACAUGGGGAGGAAGUCCAUCACUUGAUGCCUUUGGGCUAUCAGUUUCUGCAACCGCUAAUGGAACCAGUGGAACCAACAGUGCAACUACUAUUGACAAUGAAUUUGAUCUCCUGUCAUCUCGUAGUAAUGAUCAUUCCCCAGCCAAAUCUGCCAGUGGUCUUGACGAUUUUGAUCUUUUGAGUGGCAGUGGGCGUAGUGCAGGAGGAGUGUGGAGUAUGUCAAGCAUGGAGCAGAAUCUGCCAAACCCUGCCCGCAAGAAGUCUCCUGAAGAUUUUCUUGGUGCCAAUGCCAAUCUGGUCAACCUUGACUUGCUUGUAGCAAAAGAUCCACCUAAAGCAAACAAUCCUUUUGCAUCGACCAAUCCUGGUGGGAACAACCCUUUUCAAGAUGGGAAUGUGGGACGUGUCCCUAUGGGACAGAUAGCUAACCCAACCAUUGGUUUUUCUCAGUCAGCUCAGACAACUUUAUUGCCAGCACCCCUUGUUCCAGUCAGCAACAUGGCCCAGGCAAGUCAACCACAGGCACAAGGCUACAACCCAUUUUUGUGAGGAAAAGCAGCUUUGCACCAGGAGGCUAGCUGUUUGACAGACAUAUUUAUUUUCACGACUGCUAAAAGCCUGGCGCAGAUAUCUUCCGUGGAGGGACUGGGGCUCCUUACGUGGCCAGUGCCAGACAACAUAUAAGAAAUAUUCAUGAUGGAUUUUUUUUUUAAUUUUGAUUUAAGAAGGGGACUAAGUACACACCAAAACUUUUCUCUCAGUAUUUUUGUAUCAGUUACAGUUGGUGUGUGUGGUGUAUUGUACAGCAUGUAUUGCACCUUUGGGUGGAAGAUACAGUGCCGUUUGUCGCCUUCGUUAAUAACUCCACAUGCAAGCAAAGAGCAAGGGAUGUUUUUAUAGAAACAAGCUGACUUCAGAUGGUUCAGUAGUAAAUUCUAUUGCUAUGAUGCUUUGAAGCCCUCUUUUUUUUUUUUUUUGUUUUUUUUUUUUUUUUUUCCUUCCCCAUUACGCUGCAUUAUUUAGAUGAUUCUGAAAGUGUUGCAUUCUCAAUAUCAACCAUCUAAAAGGUAGUUGUUGUCUCAAGAGUAAGCAGAAUUGUACAGAUUUUUUCCCCUUUAUACAAAUAAUGACAUAUAUUCAUUGUGCUUUUAAAAAAGAGUAUUUGUGGGAAUUUUCAUUCUCAUUUACAACUUUUGUAAGCAGAACUCUUUUGAGUAAAAGUGCCACAAAAUUUGUCACUGAUUAGAAUGUGCAGUGUAUUGCUUGCUGGCUUAACAUUAUCAUAGGUGCACAUUUUUUUUAUAAAUUAGUGUGCUUACAGUCCUUUCUGGUCAGGAAAAUUGGAAAAGUUAGGGAAAAUUCAAAACAAUUUCCAGCGCCAGAAAUGUGUGUCAAAGAUAAUUGUGACCUUUAUCACUUAGAGACCAAAUAUGCCUGAGCACACCAUGCUUUCUGCCUUAUUUUAUUUUAGGAACACAGAAAUUAAAAACAUAUGUGGUCCUUUUUAAGGUCUUAAUACUUAAUAACUUAUCACUUAUACAUUUUGGACAGAAUUUGCAGAUUUUAAGAGCAUUUGAAAUUUAUGUAAAAGUGUUCCACUUCAAUUUUUUUCUCUUUUUUUAAACUUUAAAGUACAUAUAUUUUUACUUUAUGUAUUGAAAAAAAAUGUGGUCAUGCUUUGUUGGUGUUGGCUGGAAAUAUUGGAAACUGGUGCUGGAAACGUCGGGAAAUUCGUUUCUGUUAGUGUGUUAAGUACUAUUGCGUGAAAUGUCCUGGAAGCAUAAAAACAUGCUGGAAUCACUGUCAGCAGUACUUCAGUUGCAGAUGAGCAUGUCUGCUUUGCAUUUUGACAAGCAGAGCAAUCAAGAGAUUGACCAUGAUGUAAUGAUAAAGUGCCUCGGAGUGUUUUACAGAUGUGCAGUAACACCCUGAUUGUACUGCUCAUUGUUUUACAAAUUGCGUGAUUUUCAAGUGGUGGCAAUAUCUGUUGUAGAUCUUGUAGACUGAUCUGCUGGUCAGCACUUUGAUACAGAAAUACUCUGUCUGCAUCUCUGCAGUCACUUGUUGCAGUGAAGCUGCAUUCUCUGUUUAAUCAUUCCUAGAACCCAUUUCUUGUUUCUGAGUGAAGGAUAAGUCUUGUUUAUGAUAUUUUUAUGACUUUUUUCCCUCGCAAAAAUGUAGGUAGAUUUUGGUUUGUGAUGCACCAGCUGCUAAAAAAAAAAUAAAAUGGUAAACAGUCUUGAGCAAUGGCAGAAAAAGGUUUUCUGGUACAUUUUUCCCCCAUUUCAGUUGCUUAAUGUCUUCCAGAGUAAUGUCUUAUUACUGUGGUGUUGUACUUUUCAAAGCAAAAUAUUGGGCUUUUCCAAGGACCAACUUUUUAAAAAAGCUAAUUAAAUGCUUAGUCCCUUGCCAUUUAAAUUUCAGCAAAUAUUUGGUGUGAUAAUUUUUCAGCAGUGUCUUUAGAAUUUUCUCUGUAGCAUCACACAUGCAGCACAGCAAAUAUUUUUCUUCUUCUAUUGGAAAAAUGAACACUUUUACCAGGCGAUGCCUUUGGACUAGCGGUGUGAUGUGAUGGCAAAAACAAUAUUAUGACAUGAUUUGAAGACAGAAACAUUACAAGUGAAAAUGAUAAUCAUCUGGAAGAUGAUGAUGCCCUUGUAUAACCAUGCACUUAUGCAGAUACUGCUGGUGAAUCUGAAUGUACAAAGUAGCAAAAGCAAUCCAAGAAACAUUAAAAAGGAAAUACUUGCUAAUGACCUUAAAAGUUACCUUUAAAAUGCUCUGAUGUACUGAUGAAACAGCCAUUUUUUCGCGAUUACAUUUGCAUCAUGAGUCUAGUAAGGACAGUUUAGUGCCAGCUUUUAAAUGUCCAGUAAUUUACGUUGUUUGUAUGGAGGGGUUCCAUAAUUCCAUGUAAAAAAUUUGCAUUCAGAACCCUUUUUAAAUUUAUGCAAGGGGAAAAGGAAAGUGUCAUAUUUUUAGGCCUUCCUCUCCUCAUAUUUUUUUUUUUACUCUGGAAGAUGUGUAGGCUCAUUGAGUAAUGCUAUGCACAUGGGCUAUACCACAAGAUUUUGGAGAUCUAGGAAUCUCACAUAGUUUCUUUUCUUCCUUACAAGGAUGCUGACUGACAAAUCUUGUCCAUGUAGGUCUGUUUGUAAUGGCAGAAUAUGUCACUACGUCAGCACUUAAAUGUAAGGCUUUUUAGAAAAUAAAAACAGGAAUUUCAGCAUUAUAAUACUUUUAUUAGUGAACUGUCAGAAUCCAAGGAAUGUUGCAAAAACGAAUUACAUUUGUGCUUUGAUGUUGACAUCUUCAGCAAACCCAUUGCUUAACUUUUAUGAAAUAAUUGAUUUUGAGCAGUGAUAAAUUUUGCACGGCACAGCACAUUGACAGUGCCGUUUCUGUACAGCUACAUAUUUAUAAUUAUGAGCAGUAAAAUUUUUUCAACUGGAAUAUUUGUAAAUUAACUGUGCCAACAGUUCGUACAUUCUGGGGGAUUUAACAUGGGAAGAAUGGACAUUAGGUUAGUUUUGGGCUGCAGGUUGUUGGUAGAUCAUGGUCUGUAGGAAAUGUCACAGGCUGCAUUCAGUCUGAGUGCAAAGUAUUGUUUCAGCUUGGAGUAAACUUGCACUACACUUCAUAAAACACUGAAGACCAGUCUGCCUUAGUGGUUUCAAGUAACAAAGGUGGCACUGAAAGGCUUAAUGCUUACUGAAGAUCUGAAGUUGUAAUGCCAUUAUUUUCUUUUUUUUUUUUUUUUUUUUGAAUUAGCGGCUUUGAGUAUUUUAUUAUGUAUAUGUCUGAAGGUGUGCUUGACUGCCUGUUGAAAACUACUUAAAACAAGCUUUAUGCCUUAACCGGUUGUUGUUUCUUUUCACAAGUAUUAAUUUUAUUUUUUCUAAGCAUGUGUUGUCAUGUUUGCAUGAUAAUUCUGAAGAUGGGAUUCUAGGUGGUUAAGACACAACAUUAAUGCAAUAUUCUUGUAUAUUAUUCAGAUGCUGUAGAUUUAUGAAAAUAGGCAGUAAAUACCUGCAGCAUCAUGAGGAUUAUGCGUUUAACACUUGUAAACUACCCAAAAAGUGACAAAAUAUUCUUUCUUGUUAUAGCCUCUUUGUAUGCUUCAUUGUCAUUACGUCAGCUACAGACAAGAGAAAGGAAUAAAUGACAGGAAAAUUACAGUAAGUUGUGUUCUGUUUCGAAUGGUUCUGGCUCAGAGAAAGGAUGAGUAAUCUGUGAAAAUGUCAGAAUCGGGUUAUCUAGUGCAAUGUCAGUUGGAAACUUUGUUUUUGAUUUGGGUAGGUCUUUUUGUUGAUUAUUUUCUGUUCUUCUGUAUGGAAAAUGCUUGUAAAAUGUUUUUAAGUUUCAUGCUAAUAUGCAGCUAAGAUGCACUGAUUUUCAAUAUGAUUUACAAAUAAAUAGAGCUGAGCAGUCAUUUAUGCAACAUUUUUAUGCCAGAAAGUACUGUAUGCAUGCCUAAAUGUUUGUUAGGUUUGAAAGGUCCAUUAAAGGCUGUUUAUUCUUCUGUUUGCCUGAAAACUUUGUUAACUUCAAUUUUUUUUUAUAGGGUAUUUUCAUACAUAUGCAAAACAUUAACUCUUGUUUGAAAGACCAGAUGCACAACACUUUUACUGCAGAUUUUAAUGUUUCAUUCAUUUGCAGGUGUCCGUUUAAGUUAACCGCCCUUUAAGUUAUGCAAUUCAUGGAUAUGAUGUAGCUCAGAUUGAUGAAUACUAAGAAAGGAUAUCCAUGUCAACUAAUUUGUGACAGGAAAACAAGUUCUGCUGUCAAACAGAUCAACAGAAUGACGUUUUAGUUUAGAUGAUAGUUGCUGUGCAUAAUCUUGGCUAAAGAUAUUUUUUACCACUAAUGUGUUGCUUAUUUUAUGUUGUUCAAGAUUCUACAAAAGCAUAUGGCCGUGGCAGGUGAAAGACAAAUGAGAUCACACCUUUACCUGUAGAUGUGUGUGGACACACACAACUUGGCUGUUUAUAGUAUACAUUUAAUUACACUAACAAAUUUGAACUUUCAGUUAAAACUGUGCUGAAUUCAUUGUGUUACAAAAACCCUAUGAUUAUUUUUAUUCUACUGCUUGAUGCUUAAUUGUGAUUUUAAGAGUAAGGCAUCAAAUAUUUUGUAUUUGUUGUUUUUGCCUACACUAGACAUAAGUGUAAUUAUAAUGUGAUGAAAACAUUUUAUAUGGUAUUAACAGCUUUUAAUGGACCUUUCCUGAAACAAAAUAAAUUUUGUUUAAUCUGUGGCAAGGCAAUUUGAAAAUGUAAGUAUAAAAAUGUUUGAUUUCAG